GUUGUAUAUAAUUACAUUGUUGAAUGAAAAAUUAUAACGCUGUAUUAAUGUUACUGUUGGUUAGUGUUUUCCGAGUAUCAGUCUCAAUAUGAAUGCGGAAGAACGACGAAAUAUGAUAUAAUUACGUCGUGUCAUCAGCGGAUUAACAACAACUUAGCUUUAUCAUUUAUCAACUGAAUCCCGCUGACUAAUACAUUUUCAACGGACUGAAGCAAAUCGAAGAACGGAAAAUCGCGAUCCGAGUACAGUUAAGACUCCCCCCCAUUUCCUCCCCCCUUUCCUCCCCACUUUGAGAGCUUCUCCGCGCGCUUCUCUUCUCUUCUCCUCGUCUCUUCCUACUUCUUCAUCGUCAUCUCUUUCGUCUCUUCGCGAAUAAGAUUAAGAGGGAGAGCUGAUGGGUGCCUCACGCGAUGGAUUCCAACGCGUAAUCGCUGUUUAUUGCCGUCGAAUGCCUUGACAUUGGCACUCGAUAUCCUCGCGCAUCCCUCACACGUUCCUCACGAACGCCGCCGGCGUCAUCGCACCGUCGUGUCCGAUCGUGAUGGAUCUCCGUCUGCUCGUCGUUCUCCUGAUCCUCGGCACCGUUUCCGUCUGUUCUGGCAAAAAUACAGAGUGCGAAGAAUACGUGAGAGAAGUUGUGGGCACAACCAAUGUAGCAUCUCUAGUCGGCACGUCAGUCGACGUGAUCAAAGUGGAGAACACGUGGAGAACGUGUCGGAAUGUAAAUAUUCUCGUAGUCGGCGGCACCGAGGCCGCGAUCGGCGAAUUCCCGCACAUGGUCGCCCUCGGUAGAUUCGCUCCUGGCGGAUUCAUUUUGAUAUGCGGCGGCACGCUGAUCUCGCAUACCUGGGUACUUUCCGCUGCGCAUUGCACUUACGGGCCAAAUGGCGGUCCGUCUGACGCUCGGAUGGGUAUUCAUUCAUUAACGGACCAGCAAUCAGGUAUCACAAUUGCCAUCGAGACCACGGUACGGCACCCGGAGUUUAACUCGCCUGCGAGGUACUCGGAUAUCGCUUUGGUAAAGCUCAAGAAAGCCGUCGCAUUUAGUGAAUUAAUACGACCGGCUUGUCUCUAUCAACAAUAUGACGGCGUGCCUACGGCUGCUUGGGUCAGCGGCUGGGGUGUUACUGAAUUCGCCGGGGAACAGGCUGACAAAUUGCAAAAGGCUCAGCUGAACUUUAUAGACAAUCUGGAGUGCACGAUACAGCAUAACAAUUCCAGAGAGGUUCCAUACGGCGUCAGGCCGAGCAUGAUUUGCGCAGGUGAUCCUCACGGCGGUUGGACCAAAGAUUCCUGCCAGGGCGAUUCCGGAGGGCCUUUGCAGGUGAUUCAUCCGAAAAAUCAUUGUCUUUUCCAAGUGAUUGGCAUCACCAGCUUCGGUCAGGGAUGCGCGCUCGUCAACUCACCUGGUGUUUACACCAGAGUGUCCCAUUAUCUACCCUGGAUCGAGAAUAUCGUCUGGCCGCAGGGUCAAUGAUCGCGAUUCGUUCAGCUUUUCAAAAGAAAACGGUCGACGCGAUCUGUGCUGACAAUUAUUAUUCGUAAAGAGAACUAUUUUAAUCAGUGAUUGUGAGUGGCUAGUUGUACAUGUAUAU